UCCUUUGAAAGAAAACAAAUUGGGGUCCUGAAGUUUUUGUUUUUGAGCUUCGUAUGAGCGUUGUGUUCAACUCCGGAAUAGUAGUCGUGUCGUUAAUGUUACUUAGUCGAUUUUGACAGUGUGCGUACUUAACUGCAACUGGACAAUACGUGAGGAUCGGCCGAUUGCAUCAGCAGCUACACAAGUUACCCUGCAUCGUUUCUAAAGACGGUGUUCAUGUGUGGUCAUGUCAGGAAUCGCUCUGAGUAGACUGUCGCAAGAGCGCAAGGCCUGGAGAAAAGACCACCCUUUUGGUUUUGUUGCCGUUCCCACCAAGAACCCCGAUGGCACCCUCAACCUCAUGAACUGGGAAUGUGCCGUUCCAGGGAAGAAGGGGACCCUAUGGGAAGGAGGCCAGUACAAACUGAGGAUGCUGUUUAAAGACGACUACCCUUCCUCUCCUCCGAAAUGCAAGUUUGAACCACCCAUCUUUCACCCAAAUGUGUACCCGUCUGGCACCGUCUGUCUGUCCAUCCUGGAGGAAGACAAGGACUGGAGGCCGGCCAUCACCAUCAAGCAGAUCUUGCUGGGUAUCCAGGAGCUGCUGAAUGAGCCCAACAUACAGGACCCUGCCCAGGCCGAGGCUUACACAAUAUACUGUCAGAACAGGAUGGACUACGAGAAGAGGGUGAGAGCACAAGCCAAAAAGUUUGCCCCGACAUAGGGCUGGUGUGUGACCUCUGACCUUUUUAGUCCACGCCACGGUACUGGGAAAAGUGCUCAACAGAGGGGAACGCGUGCCAAGGAAGACGGAAGGACCAAGGAGCGUUGCUCGAGUGGGACCGCACAGGGCACAUGUACAUGUGUGUAUGUGUAUAUAUAUAUAUAAAUAUGGAGAGUUAUAGACCUUUUAUUGUUUUAGCAAGUCAGUAUUUGUGUCUUCAAAAUUAUCCAAUUGUGUGAAUUCUCAAAUUAAAGACAAUAUUAAAAAUG